GUAAGGCAGUCGUCAGUUGGUGACGCUGUGUCUCUUUGUUGGCUUAGCAGCAGCGGCGACGUUUUGUUGUUAUUUUCGCCGCAGCUGAAAAACGGGCUCGGAUCAACGUUUCAUACGCUAUAGACCUUUAGGUGUGCUUGUCACUUGCUGAUAACCGCGCUAGGAAUGGACUCAGACGAGGGUUAUAACUAUGAAUACGACGAAGACGAGGAGGAAUGUAGCGAGGACAGCAAUGAAGAGGAACCCGACGACGACACCCUGGAGCUCGGGGAGGUGGAGUUGGUCGAUCCCGUGGUGGCCGGCGGGGAGCGAGAUGAGUGCGGUGAGACUGGCGGAGGAGGCCACGGCCCGGGCGAGGAAGAGGAGGAAGACUACCGUUUCGAAGUUUUGACUGCCGAGCAGAUCCUCCAGCAUAUGGUCGAGUGUAUUAGGGAGGUCAACGAGGUCAUCCAGAAUCCUGCAACAAUAACACGCAUUCUUCUCAGUCACUUCAACUGGGAUAAAGAAAAGCUCAUGGAAAGGUAUUUUGAUGGUAAUCUGGACAAGCUUUUCUCUGAGUGUCAUGUCAUUAACCCGAGUAAGAAGCCCCGAAUACGUCCUCCAAUCAACACUAGAUCAUCGGCACAGGACAUGCCAUGUCAGAUCUGCUAUCUGAACUUCCCCAACUCUUAUUUUACAGGCCUGGAGUGUGGACACAAGUUCUGCAUGCAGUGUUGGGGAGAUUAUCUGACGACCAAAAUAAUUGAAGAAGGAAUGGGACAGACCAUUUCUUGCCCUGCUCAUAGCUGUGACAUUUUGGUUGAUGACAACACAGUCAUGCGCCUCAUAACAGAUUCAAAAGUGAAGUUGAAGUACCAGCAUUUAAUUACAAAUAGUUUUGUAGAGUGCAAUCGACUGUUAAAGUGGUGCCCUGCACCAGACUGCCAUCAUGUUGUCAAAGUCCAGUACCCAGAUGCCAAGCCAGUGAGGUGCAAGUGUGGACGCCAAUUCUGCUUCAACUGUGGAGAAAAUUGGCAUGAUCCUGUGAAGUGUAAGUGGCUGAGAAAAUGGAUUAAAAAAUGUGAUGAUGACAGUGAAACUUCAAACUGGAUUGCAGCAAAUACCAAGGAAUGUCCAAAAUGCCACGUGACCAUUGAGAAAGAUGGUGGCUGCAAUCAUAUGGUUUGUCGAAACCAGAACUGCAAAGCUGAGUUCUGCUGGGUCUGUCUGGGUCCAUGGGAACCACACGGCUCAGCCUGGUACAACUGCAAUCGCUACAAUGAAGAUGAUGCCAAGGCAGCCAGAGAUGCUCAAGAGCGCUCCAGGGCAGCCUUGCAGCGGUACCUGUUCUACUGCAACCGCUACAUGAACCACAUGCAGAGUCUGCGCUUUGAGCACAAGCUCUAUGCUCAGGUCAAGCAGAAGAUGGAGGAAAUGCAGCAGCACAACAUGUCCUGGAUUGAGGUGCAGUUUCUGAAGAAGGCUGUGGAUGUGCUGUGCCAGUGCCGCUCCACACUCAUGUUCACUUAUGUCUUCGCCUUCUACCUCAAGAAGAACAACCAGUCCAUUAUUUUUGAGAACAACCAGGCAGACCUGGAAAAUGCCACCGAGGUGCUGUCAGGCUACCUAGAGAGGGACAUCUCCCAGGAUUCCUUGCAGGACAUCAAGCAAAAAGUACAAGACAAGUACAGAUACUGUGAGAGCAGGCGAAGAGUGCUGCUACAGCACGUGCAUGAAGGCUAUGAGAAGGACCUGUGGGAGUACAUUGAGGAUUGAGAACACGUCCCAAUGCAACGGACUCUUGAGUAUCUUGACAAACUAGAGCGCUGAUGCAAUUUAACAGGGCAGCACAGGCCUUCUGCCGCCUCUCCUUUGGCAAACCAACCACUUUUGCAUCAUUUUUUUUCUGGAUUUGUUUAACAAAAUCUUCAAAGUAAAUUAUAUUUAAAUAAAGGGUAGAGUAAUAAAAAAAUGUGUACUACAGUAUUGUUAGCAACAGAGUGGAGGGUUGAACAAGCAGAAGAUCCAUAUUAAACAAAUACAUCCUUUUGGCUUGUAUUGUAAUACCUCCCCUGAACUUGUUUUCCUCAUGUUUUUUUUUUUUUUUUUUUGUUUUUUUUUGCUUGUGAAUCUUUUACUCUGUUUUGAUUUUGACUUUUGUUUUCCCAUCAGUGUGAAAAUGUUUUCAACACAGCUUUAAUUGUCCUGGCCAUGUCUGCAAUAUGUGGUAAAGAUCCUUGUCUGAGUGGCUGAAUGUUGAUAGGCUGAUUGCAAAGGGGCAAAGACAUUUCAGGGGGGGAAAAAAAGGAAGAAAAAAAACAUAAAAAGAACAAAAUAGCGAGUCUGUAUUUUUCAAUUUGUAAAUAGUCCAUAUGCAUGGAAGUUCAAGAGCAGGAGUGGCACGUGUUUGCAUAAUUUUCAAAUAUUUAUUCUUUACCGUGCUUUUGCCAUGUAGGUUGAGUCUGUCUACUCUCCACAGACUGUUGAUGUUUGGAGGUCUUUGGCAAUAAGAUAUUCGUCCUGUCAUCUGCAGUCCCUUCAGAGCAGUCAUAAGUUAUACCUAACCAGUAACUCAACAUGGAGACUGACAGAAUUGGCUUUAGUUUCCAGGUAAUCACAUAAAGGACUCAGUGAAAGUGCACAGAGGAGCAGGAUAAAGUUUUACAGGUCAGAGGUGAGGUAGAACGCACCGGCCCAGUGUCUCUCUAUGCUAACCUUUUGUUGUACCCCCCUAGUUGUUUUUGGAGGUGUUUAACAUUUAAGAACAUUACUAAUUAUUUGCAAGAGCCAAACUGAGUGACAUUCACUCCUUUUUUUUUUUUUUUUUUCUCUUUUCUCUCCCCCUCUUUCCUGACGUGGCUUGAGGUAGCUCAGCUUGCACCUUGAGAAUUGAAAGAGGGUAAUGGAAUGUACUGACAGCGCGGCGUUGCACUGCUGCUAAUUGGGCUCGAUCACUGUCAAACAGGGUCAGGCAUCUGCAUCACUCUUGCAGGGAAUAUUGGAAUGGAGGUGGUAGUGGCAUCAUCUCCAUUCAGGAGCUCUCUUGCCUUGCAGUGAGACUGAACAUUGCUUUAAUUGAGCUACACAGAUGGACAUGUGAUCCUUAAGGAGCUGAGGGAGAUGGGACAAACUUCUAAAGGUUGUAGGAGUGUUUUGUAAAGCUGUUAUGCUUUUUCAUUAAAGACUGCAUUUUUUUUGUUGUGUUUUUUUGUUUUUUUUCCCUCUCGCACGUGUGUUGAGGUUUUGGCAUUGAAAUGUCAGUUCCCCUCAAGAUUUUGCAUUGCUCUAUGCGGUGGUUGCUCUGGUUGUCAAGCUCUCUGCUUGUAAAUGCUUGUUCAUCUGUUCUCUGAAAUAUGGCAGUCUUCAGAAAGACUGACUGGAGGGGACGCGAUUAUACAGGCAGUGAUACGAGUCUGAAGAUGACACCAAAGUGUCAGCCAUCACUGAAACACAUCCUUUGCCCCAGUUUCAGAUCUUUGGGGAAUUCUUUCCCAAAUGCUUCUUAUGUGUUCAAACGCAUUAUUUUAUCCUAGCAAAUUAUAAACUGUAUUGUUUAUUUGAAUAAAUGUCAUGACAAAUCUAA